AGCAUAUAAUCCUCUGAAUUGCUCUAUGUGUAUGAUGAAAGAAUUCAAGGAUUUUCUUCAAAGGAAUAAUGACUUCGGAAAUUCCGGUGCAAGGUGCGAAGGUGAAGUCAACCUAUUAAUUGAUCAGAGCUUCGCCAACUGCAAAGUUAAUGGUGGAUGGACAGAAUGGUCAGUCUGGAGUGAUUGUCCGGAUACUUGUGGUGAUGAGGACCUUACUAGGACUAGAUCCUGCACAAAUCCUCCUCCAGAUAACAACGGAACAGUUUGUCAAGGGCACACCUUGGAAACAAUUUCAUGUACUACAGCAAAAUGUCCAGUUAAUGGGGGAUGGACAGAAUGGUCAGUCUGGAGUGAUUGUCCAGAAACUUGCGGUGAUGAAUACCUGACAAGGACUAGAUCCUGCACAAAUCCUUCUCCCGAAAAUAACGGGACAGAUUGUCAAGGAAGCAACACGGAAACACUUUUAUGCUCUACAGCACAAUGUCCAGUGAAUGGUGGAUGGACCGAAUGGUCAGUCUGGAGUGAUUGUCCAGAAACCUGUAGUGACGAAGACCUAAUCAGGACUAGAUCAUGUUCAAAUCCUUCUCCAGACAAUAACGGAACAGCUUGUCAAGGAAACACCACGGAAACAAUUUUAUGUUCUACAGCAAAAUGUCCAGUUAAUGGGAAAUGGACAGCAUGGUCAGUCUGGAGUGAUUGUCCAGAAACUUGCGGGGAUGAAGACCUUAUUAGGACUAGAUCAUGUACAAAUCCUUCUCCAGGAAAUAACGGAACAGUUUGUCAAGGAAACACCACGGAAACAAUUUCAUGUCACACUGCAAAUUGUCCAGAUUCAUUUUCACCGCCAGAAACAGAAUGUACAACAGGUAUAAUGAAUGCAGUAGUUAUCAUUCUUGUUUCGUGUGGGGCCGGCAUUUUACCCUUUUUUUGUAUCGUUUACUGUUGUGCACACAAAAAAGGUAAAAGGGCAAACAUCAACCGAAAUGUAAAUUACCAUGGAAAUCACGCUGACCGAGACGAAGAAAUCAGCCAGAAUGUGUUAACAGAAAAGGAGAGUGAUGAAGAAUAUGCAGAAAUCGAUGAACUAGAGGUGUCAGAUUUAAUUGUAUCACCUUUGGAACAACGAUAUUUUACUGAUAGUGAUAGCUCAAGUGAUAAUGAGUCAGAUGAGAUAAAGCUAUCAAGCUUUGCUAAUUCACAUCCUACAUUGCUACACCGAGACGAAGAAAUCAGCCAGAAUGUGUUAACAGGAAAGGAGAGUGAUGAAGAAUGUGCAGAAAUCGAUGAACUAGAGGUGUCAGAUUUAAUUGUAUCACCUUUGGAACAACGAUAUUUUACUGAUAGUGAUAGCUCAAGUGAGAAUACGUCAGAUGAGAUAAAGCUAUCAAGCUUUGCUAAUUCACAUCCUACAUUGCUACACCGAGACGAAGAAAUCAGCCAUAAUGUGUUAACAGAAAAGGAGAGUGAUGAAGAAUGUGCAGAAAUCGAUGAACUAGAGGUGUCAGAUUUAAUUGUAUCACCUUUGGAACAACGAUAUUUUACUGAUAGUGAUAGCUCAAGUGAGAAUGCGUCAGAUGAGAUAAAGCUAUCAAGCUUUUGUAAUUCACAUCCUACAUUGCUACAUGCACCGCAGCAGUCCGGAAACGUGCAGGGGGAUUCAGAUGCAUGUUAAAUUCCCGCUGAAGAGCGUGCUUUAUGACAUGGCAUUUCUUAAAUACACUUUUGAUCGAUAUUUAGGAAGUAUUAAGGUGGUAGACCUAGGUUAAGGGAAAUAACUCUUAAAAUCAUCAGAACGUUUGUGUCAGCCAUUUUCAUAAAUAUGUUCUAAGCUUCUAGGAUACAUAGAUUAUUUUCAAUCUGUUUCAGGUAAAUGCUUAAAAUACAUUAAUAAAACUUGACUAUUACAAACGCAUCACUGAAUUAAAGAGUUAUCUCCCUGGACCAAGGUCUACCUCCUUAAGAAACUAAUGUACAAACUCCAUCAAGCAAAGUUGACCUUAGAUGGAGUUUACUAUUACUUUUAUAUCCCUUUUUUUAACAGAAACCUUAAUAUUUUGCUAUUCUAAUUUUGAAAAUGUUUAAACAAAUAUUGAAACUUGUCACAAGCAUUUUGUAGAGUAAAAUACAAAAGAAAUUAAAACAUAAAAAUACAUUU